AUGUUGCUUAGGCUCCCCACCGAGAUCCUGUGCCUACUGGCCGACUUCAUCGACAACAUCGAGACCUUCACCAACGCCGCUGCCACCUGUCGUCGGCUGCGAGAUGCCUUGUACGCAGCGCCGCCGCAGACAAUCCUGCGCCUUGCGGCCGCGUCAGCCCCCACGUUCUUCUCUCCCCAUCCCCAUUUCCUCGUCCUCGCAACCGCCCGCACAGCCAGCAACUGGGCACUGGGGGAUGCCGAUCGCGUCGACGAGCUGCGAAGUGCCCUACAGGGCGGGAUCGAUGGUUUCUACCACUUCUGUCUGCGCCACUCAGGGUUGACACUGGCAGAUAUCCGGCGCACCCACCGGGCUCGCUUCUCGAUCAUCAACCCCCUGUCCGACAAAAUUGACAAGAUGGCCGGUCGGCAGUGGUACAGCACGCCUCGCUUCUGGGACGGCGGUGUCAGCGAGGCCUAUACCCUUGAGACCGAGGCCGACCGCGCCACUUUCCAGCUUCUUAUCUAUAGCGAGAUGUUCGCGAGCACGAUGGAGGCCUUUCUCGAGCCAGAAAGGGGCCUCCCCUUGCAUGACCUGACCACUCGACUGACCUAUAUCACAUAUUGCAUCCCCGACUGGGGCUGUCGGAGCUAUUCGGGGUUCGACGUGCUUCCCACCGGCCCGUACGCGGACGGAGACGCAUCAGAAGCUGAUCAAGUGGCAUUUCAUCAUAUCCUCUCAUGCUGGAGGUGGGGGUGCUUGUGGGGGGAUGCCAUUCGGACUCUCCUUUUUGAGAACCCGGCGUCGUUUCCGCAACGCAGACGCGACGAUGAGGAGGACGGGCGGCAGAAGCUGCUGCGUGAUGCGCUUCAGGUGCAAGGCCUCGAAGGGAUGCAGUUGGUGACUUUGCCCAAGGAUCAGAUCUCUCCUGCUGCCUUGGAGCGGGCCAUGGCUAUCAAGGCGAGGGUUCUUCAAGUGCCACAUCUGCCGGCCGUCACAACCUUUGGGACGCGAAGGAAUAUCACUGUGGCCAGCCAUGCGCCUGAUCCUGCAAAGGAGGUGCGAGUGUGUUGUGGUUCAUUCUGGGGGAUGUAG